AUGAGCUCUAACGUCGGGAACUCUCAAGUCUACGAGGACGGAGACCAAAAGAAUGUUCCCCGGUCCGAGAUCGAGCAGGAGAAAAAGGAUAACCGAUUCCAUGAGGGAAAGGAAAACAGCCAUAAGGCAAACGACUCCAAGGACCAGAGAUCGAUCGCAAACAAACUAGCUCGCGAAGAGAAGCGCGAGAAUGAAUCAGAUGAAGAAAGUGAAGAGACGAAGGCAUUGAAGAAGGACCCUACCUUGCCGGCAAAAAUGCAUGGCAACAAACCCAGCAGGGGCGCGGAAAUCGAUGCUGAGAUUCAGGCGGAGGAAGAAGAAGAGCUCAGAAGAAAGGGAAGGGCAUAGAUGGAGUUUGUCUAUAUGAGGACCUCAAACUGCAUGACUGUUCCUGUUUAGGUUGUCGCCACUAAAGCUUUUAGAAUCCAAAAUGAAAAGAAAGACUACUGCGGC